AUGAAUACGAAAAAAUACGCAGCUAAAAGUAUUUCGCUUUUAGAGCCCUCUCGCUGGACGAGCAGACGAAGUUUGGGGAAUCAUACCGGACAUUCGCGUUACUUCUCGCCCGUGGCUAUUAUCUCUACAAGCCCGCCUCAGGGCCGUCACGAGCUUAUGUCCGUCCAGACUCUCAAGCUUCAGUGGACCGGUCCAGCAUUCCUACGCGUUACGAUAGAUAUCGCAUCGCUCAACGAUCUCGCCAAUCGUACCGAGGCCCACCCGUCAAGAGGGAUUACUACCACUGGGGGUAGACAAUACCUUCGUGACCGUGGACUCCUCAAGUAUGUCAUGUUCGCCUUCGACCUGCCGAUAGCGUAUGCCGGAAAAUGUCCUUGGCUUCAUGACGUUGCGCACGGGGAGUGUAUGUAUGACCCUUAUGCGUACGACGUCGCAUUCUGCCACGAGUUCCAGCACCUCACUCAGUUCGUACAUCGGCGAUGCUUGCGCCGUUCUUAGACAGUAUAGUUACAGACAACCUCUCUCGCCGCUUCACCACUGCUCAAGCACCUGAGUUUUUGUGCGACAACUGGAAAGAGUUCAUAUCGAGUAGCAUAUCACUUCCAUACAGCCUGGAGGGGAGUUGCUACCGGCGGUGGGACAAUCGUUUGCCUCAUACGUUUGUCCUCCCCAGCUCCGGGAUAAAGCUAAUAACGCACCCAAUGACUAUGGCAUGUAAAGGUCUCACCUUGUUCGUCGGAUCGGU